UAAACAACAUUGAGGCAUAUAUAGUACCAGAAGAUAGAUAUACCUUAUUAAGUUUCAUCGAUCAUAUAUAUAUGAAGACUGACAUGAACACACAUGUUCUUGUUUUAGGGCUCUUGGUGCUUCUUCUAGGUUUGCUGCAAUCAGAAGCAGCUGUGGUUAGAUAUAAGUUCGUGGUUCAAGAAAGUAACUACACAAGGCUAUGCAGCAGCAAGAACAUCUUGACAGUUAAUGGACAAUACCCUGGUCCAACUAUUUCUGCUCACAGAGGAGACACCCUUAUUGUUGAUGUUAUCAACCAAGCAACCCAAAAUAUCACAAUUCAUUGGCAUGGAGUGAAACUACCAAGAUAUCCAUGGUCCGACGGGCCUGAGUUUAUCACUCAAUGCCCGAUUCAACCUGGAACUCGUUUUAGCCAGAAGGUUAUCCUCUCCGAUGAGGAAGGCACAUUAUGGUGGCAUGCACACAGCGACUGGUCUCGAGCCACUGUGCAUGGUUUACUAGUCGUCUCACCCAAGAUUGGAACUACUUUCCCAUUUCCUAAGCCCCAUGCGGAGGUUCCAGUCAUCUUAGGUGACUGGUGGAAAAAUGAUAUACAGGCAGUGAUGGAAGACUUCAUGCGUAGAGGAGGUGAUCCGGUUCCCUCUGAUGCUCUAACAAUCAAUGGUCAACCAGGCGAUUGCUACAACUGCUCUCGUCCAUACACAACCAAAGUAUAUGUAGAUAAGGGAAAGACUUACAUGCUCCGAAUGGUGAAUGCGGCCAUGAACAACAUCAUGUUCUUUGCAAUUGCGGACCAUGAGCUUGUCGUCGUAGGAACUGAUGGUGCCUACACAAAGCCACUGAAAACCAACUAUCUGGCAAUAUCUCCCGGGCAAACCAUAGACGUCUUGUUAGUGGCGAACCAACCUCGCAAUCGCUACUAUAUGGCAGCAAAGUUCUAUAGCAGCAAUCCUCGCAGCCUAUUCGAUAACUCCACCACCACGGCCAUCAUCGAAUACAAUGGAAAAUACACCCCAUCUCCUAACUCACCUGUUCUCCCUCCUCUUCCUGCUUUCAAUGACCGAAACGCAUCUGCUAACUUCACAAGCAGCUUACGAAGUUUGGCAAGCAAUGAUCAUCCUAUUGACGUGCCGAUGACCAUUACAAGGAAGUUGUUAUACACCCUCUCUAUUAACUCGAUACCUUGCGCUAGUAACACUACAUGUGCGGGACCAAGAGGUACCAGCAGGUUCGCUGCAAGCAUAAACAAUAUCACCUUUGAUGCUCCCAGGACUUCCAUUCUUGGAGCUUACUACCGCGGAGUGAACGGUGUUUAUGGUGACGACUUUCCUGACAAUCCCCCAUUCGUCUUCGACUACACAGCAGCGAAUUUGAGUACUUCGCUACAGACUCCGAAGAAUGGGACAGAGGUUAAAAUCCUAAAGUAUAAUGACACGGUGGAGCUUGUUUUCCAAGGAACAAACGUGGUCUCAGGGAUAGAUCACCCCAUGCAUUUGCAUGGAUACAGUUUCUAUGUUGUUGGGUCUGGAUUUGGAAACUUCGAUCGACAACGAGAUCCUUUGAACUAUAAUCUUGUUGACCCUCCGCUUCAACAGACCAUUGCUGUUCCUCAAAACGGCUGGACAGCCAUCAGAUUCAGAGCAAAUAAUCCUGGAGUAUGGUUCAUGCAUUGUCAUUUCGAGCGUCACGUAAGUUGGGGGAUGGAGAUGGUAUUCAUUGUAAGAAACGGGAAAGGUGCUAACGAGAAAAUCUUGCCUCCACCAAAAGAUAUGCCAAAGUGUUAGAAGAUUUGUUCAUUUAAUUUAAUUUAAUUUGUUCGUCAAAAGUUAAUUUGUUUGCCAAAAAUAACUUAUGUCCUUAUACUUGUUUUUAUUUUCUUCUAAUUCCUUGUAUUGUUUCUUCCGCUUACACAUCAUUGCUUUUAUUAUUUGAUUGAUUUUCAAAUGUAAUAAGUUGAUUGUUUAAAUGCAUUAUGUAAUUGUGACGAACAUGAAUAAAGAAAGUUGUUGAUU